CUGGUGUCUGUCGCGGCGGCUCCCGCGCUCGCUGCCGAGACCGCGGUGGAGCUGUACCGCCAGUGCGGCGGCAUUGGCUACACGGGCCCGCCCACCUGCGCGACCGGCGCCACCUGCAUGGCGUGGAACGACUGGUACCACCAGUGUAUCCCGGGAAUGGCGGCCCCGGUGACAACGCCGACGGCGACGCCGACGAGCUCGGUGCCCGCGCCCAGCGCCACCCCCGGCGUCAAAUACCUCAUCACCUUCGGCGACUCGUACUCGCAGACGGGCUUCAACGUGACCCUGACGAAGCCGUCAGUAGGGAACCCGCUCGGCAACCCGCCGCUGCCGGGGUGGACGGCGAGCGGGGGGCUAAACUGGGUGGGGUUCCUUGCGUCGCAGCACAACACGCCAUCCUCCACCAUCCUGUCGUACAACUUCGCGUACGGCGGCGCGACGACCAACGCGACGCUGGUGACGCCGUGGAAGCCCGACGUGCUGAGCCUGGUCGACCAGGUGGCGCUGUUCAGCGGCAGCAUCGGCGCGGUGCCGCGGCCGGCGUACGCGCCGUGGGCGGCCGCCGACACGCUCGUCGGCGUGUGGAUUGGCGUCAACGAUGUCGGCAACUCGUGGUGGCUCGCUAACUACACUACCAUUGUCGACCAGAUCAUGGACACGUACUUUGGCCAGCUGCAGAUCGUCUACGACGCCGGCGCGCGCAACUUUGCGCUGCUGAGCGUUCCGCCAAUCAACAAGACGCCGUCGGUGCUACUACAGACGGCCGAGGCGCAGGCGGCCGAGGCGGUGGCCAUCGGACAGUACAACGACGCGGUGGCGGCGCGGCUAGCAGCAUUUAAAAGCAAGAACAGCGGCGUGCGCGCCGUCGUCGUCGACACAGCCGUGCCGUUCAACACGGCGCUCGCGGCGCCCACGGCGUACGGCGCGCCCAACGCCACGUGCUACAACGGCGACGGCGUCUCGUGCCUCUGGUUCAACGACUACCACCCGGGCGUGGCCAUCAACCGGCUCGUGGCCAACGCUGUGGCCGACGCUUGGAAGGGCACCCUCUUUUGA